AUGUCCGACUCCAACACCGUCUGUGUCGACUGUGCCCCCGACCACACGCACGGGGCGUCUGCUUCUGCGGCUGCUCCUGCCCCGGCCGCUGCCCCCGCGCCUGCGUCCAACGCAACCGCCGAGGCCGCAGCGGACAUCCCUCAGCCAACGCUCACCACGCCGCACGUCUUGAUCGAGUACUGUGACCGCUGUCGAUGGGCGCCGCGCGCGAGCUGGACCUCGACCGAGCUCCUCCUCACCUUCCCCCCGCCCGUCAUCAAGACGAUCACGCUGCAGCCCCUCAACACCCCGGAGACGGGCGGGCGGUUCCGCGUCUGGGUCGACUUGGGCGACAACGCCGGGUUCAAGCUGGCAUGGGACCGUAAAUCUGAAGGCGGCUUCCCGGAACUCAAGGUGCUCAAGCAACGUAUCCGCAACCUCGUGCAGCCCGACAUGUCGCUCGGCCACUCGGACGGACACAAGGCGCAGCCGGCGCCAGAGGCUCAGGCAUGA